AUGGCUUUCUUACGCUGUCUUUUUCAACCGUUCAUACGUUUGUUUCGACACCAUGGCGGCAAAGAGUCCCCCCGGUCUGGAACGAAUCCUAAUUCUGAUAAUCAUUCAUCCUUCCCAUCUGCGGACGUAUCGGUCGUUGACAGUCAUGUCAAUGUUGAUGAACUCGGUCCGCAUUGCUCUGGCGCUCCUUUGGACGAUCAGUCCUCACCCGGACUACAAUCUGACCGCUCCGUAUCGACGCAAUCUUCCUUGCUGGAUGUGAUCCCCAGCCCUUCUAGUCGUCUCCACGGCCUUCAAGUGUCCUUAUCCAGCGCGAGCAUCCAAUCUUACAGAUCAGGGCAUGCAAUUUAUGUCCCACUGUCCAGGCUCAGAAAACUUAUCACCGAAUCCAAAGUGGAGGACAUACUUCAUGAGGAGGGCUGGGUGCAAGAUCUUUAUGCGGCCAGGAGAAUUGUCCAGACGUCUAUGAAACUAUUCGCAAUCCUCGUCAGCAGGAAAAGAGGUGCUGAUAUCUUCAGGUUUCUGGAUGAGGGGAUAAGUGACACCGAUUUGCCUUUCGUCCUGAAGGAGCCUGCAAGAGCUGGAAGCGAACGAAUGACACUGCAAACAAACGGAGGCCGCGAUAUCAGGACAACAAGUGAAUGGCAGGACUCUGAGGUCAGAAGUCUGGCGCAAAAGCAAUGGCGUAUGUUGGCUCCGGUGUUUGAGCUGGGGGAACAUUACGAUCUUCCGGGUGAUCAAAUCUUACCUUUCACGGACCGGAGGCAAAUUGAGACCGAAGGUGGUUUCAGUAAUGUCUUUCAGACCUUUAUACAUCCUGCGCAUUAUACCGGGAAUUUUCCUGUUCGCGAGGAUCGACAAGCCGUAGUUGCAGUCAAGAAACUCUUUUCUUCUGACCCUUCGCGUUUUCAAAGUGAGCGCGAUAUGCAUAUUACCCUUCGGAGAACGUCCGGGCCCCAUCCUCAUCUGAUCAGUCUUCUAUUUACCUAUAAGAAGGGCAUCAAGUUUCACCUGGUAUUUCCAUGGGCAGACAAGAACCUACGAAAGUAUUGGAGCGAAAUCCCACUCGAACAGAUUGGCGACCAGAAAGUCUUGUGGUCGUUGAAGCAAAUGACGGGCCUCGCAAGCGCGCUGUCUUUGAUUCACGGGUUUCAGCUGCCGGACGAACGUCAGCCUGGCCGUCACUUCGGACGUCACGGUGAUUUGAAAGCAGAGAAUAUCGUGUGGUUCCCAUCUUAUCCAGGAUGCACUGACACCGACGGAAUAUUGCAAAUCACGGACCUAGGUCUGGCUAGUCUCCAUAGCAUCGGCUCAGUAUCCAACGGUGACCCGGCCGGCGUGCGUGGUACUAAAACCUAUAGGCCUCCAGACAAUCAUCGCAACCUUCGCAUAUCCCGGAAGUGGGACAUCUGGAGUCUUGGCUGUCUAUAUUUGGAAUUCAUUACCUGGAUAGUACUUGGGUUCGAUGCUAUCGUGGAGUUUGCCGAGCUUCGCGGUGCCGAACGUGGUGAGACGGAUGAAUUCAGUGAAGAUUACUUCUACACGGCUGAUCUCAGAGACGUGCGGCCAUCGGUAAAGGCAUGGGUGACCCGGUUAUCAGAAGAUGAACGAUGCUCUGAUAUGCUUUAUGAUCUCUUAUGUUUGAUCAUGCAGAAAAUGCUUCGUAUCGAGCCGAACGACCGAAUCGAUUCCCAGCAACUCCACCAAGAAUUACUUCGCCUACUUGAACGGGCAUUGAGUAAUCGAACCUAUCUCGUCAGUGCCAGUGAAAGACCUCCAAUCAUUGCGAGAUCAAAAGUCAAGUGUUUUCUCCGGAGAGAUCGCCGCUCCCCGAUACGCAGAUAUGUGAAGUUCUAA